CCGGAUUUGUUUCUCGUCAAAAAUAUGACAUUCAAAAUUGUGCAGACGAUUGAAGGAGGGGAGAGUUGCUUGAGCAUCGUUCCCAGUGGAUGGGAAGUGGAUGGAAUUUUACAUUGGCCGAAAAAACAUAAAGUAGUAAAGUUAUCACUCCAGGAGGAUUCCCUACCCGCUGAUAAUUGGCAGCGAAUCAACUGCAUUAAAAAAAGACAGUUGCAAACGUACGAAGAGGCCUGCGAAGAGCUGAACAAGAUGGAAAAUAAAUCUGAUACGGAGAUGGACGAGGUGAGCACGACCCGGCUUCCUGACAAAAGACGACAACAGUUGACAACAAACACACGAACGAUUGCAAACGUAGAUCUCAAUGCAUACGCUGAGCAGCAGACUGCCGAUUUUUCCAGUACCACAACGAACAGCAAAGAUGAAAUAUUUGUUCUUAAUAAUGAAAGGAUGGGAACAGGUCUGAGCUUAGAACCGAUCGUGUUGUCCGAGUCUGCAGACAGCAUUACACAGAAUCCAGCUCAAGUCGUAUACCUGCAGCCUGAAAUGGUGCACGACAAUGCAACGGAUAGUGUUGUUGCAACCGCUGUGCUGCAAAAUCUUAAUCUGAUUUUGGCAAACCAGUCGGAAAUCAUGCAAGUUAUCCAAUCCAAGUUAUCCAAGUAG